UGUGUUUGAGAGCAGCAAUUAACAGAGUAACCAGUGUCCUCUUUCUAGAGUCAGAAACGGUAUAAUUAGAAUUCAUCAAAAUGUCAGGUGUGGUUCCCACAGUCCCUGAGCAGCCUGCAGAAGCAAUGGAGAAUCAGAUAAAAUCGCCAACUGCAGCGCCUGCUGCCCCUCCAGACUACAAUUCUCAUUUUGUCCCAGGCUCUGCUGGACCAGCUGUCCCUCCCUCUGCAGGCUUGCAAGUUGGAUACUACGUUCCCCAGCAGCCUGGUAUCAUCCCUUUGUACCAACCCACCGGGGGCACCCAUGCUAUCCAGUACCAGCCUGGCAAAUACCCUAUGACUCAGCAUGCUCCUGUGAUGUGGAUGCCAGGGCCAGCUCCUAUACCCAGCUGCCCUCCUGGUCUGGAAUACUUAGCUCAGUUGGACAACAUACACGUUCUUCAGCACUUUGAGCCUCUGGAAUGGAUGACAGGUUAUGAAACUAAUAAUAGAUAUGACAUCAAGAAUAACGCAGACCAGAUGGUCUACAUUGUAACUGAAGACACAGAUGACUUUACCAGGAAUGCCUAUCGGAACCUACGACCCUUCGUGCUCCGGGUCACUGACUGCCUGGGGCGAGAGAUCAUGACCAUGCAGAGGCCUUUCCGAUGCACCUGCUGUUGCUUUUGCUGCCCCUGUGCAAGGCAAGAGCUGGAAGUGCAAUGUCCUCCUGGUGUCACCAUUGGCUUUGUUGCAGAGCACUGGGACCUAUGCAGAGCCACUUACAGCGUCCGGAAUCAGAAGAGAGAGAAUGUGAUGAGAGUGCGUGGUCCGUGCACAACCUAUGGCUGUGGUUCAGAUUCUGUUUUUGAGGUCAACUCUCUGGAUGGAGGAUCUGACAUCGGCAGUAUUAUCAGGAAGUGGAAUGGCUUUUUAUCAACAAUGGGAAAUGCCGACCACUUUGAGAUCCAUUUCCCCAUGGACCUGGAUGUGAAGAUGAAAGCAAUGAUUUUUGGCUCUUGCUUCCUCAUUGACUUCAUGUACUUUGAAAGCACUCCUCCUCAACAUUCAUCAAGAUAGAGGGAUCAAGAGAAGCAUCGAUUGAAAACAAAAUUCCAGAAAUUUUCAUUGGCCUCACAUCCAACCUUCAGUUAUUUGCAAGCAUAUAUCUUGGCUUGACACGUGUCUCAGUUGAGUAUUUCGUUUCCUGGGACACUUGUUUAUUCUAAAAUCUCUGCCUCCAUUAGCCAUGUAAACAUAUACAGUACAACCAUUAAAACUACAGGCACAUGAACAUGAAAUCCUUAGUUCUUAGCAGGUCAUAACACAUCUUCUACAUCUGUUCCUUCCUUCUUUUUCUAGAGGGCAAACUCCUUCCUGAGUGAGAUGUCUGCUUCUCUUCCUCUUUCGGACUGAAAAGGCACACAGAAAUAAUGUGCCAGGAGAAUGUUCUCCUGUGUGCAAAUAUUAGAUUAUCAUUCUGCAAUGCGCAGGAAAGCUCAGAAAGCUCUCAAGGGGAAGUUUUAUUUUAUUACAAAAUAAGAUGUAUUCUCUUAUAUUUCCCAUGCAUAGUUUUUCAUGCCCUCAGCUGGACAAAUUGGAACUACCUAUUUCUGAAGGCAGGAUGACGCUACCAGAGAAAGUUGAUCAAGGCCAUAGCCAAGUAAGAUCUUCGCAUCUUAAGGCUUUGGUACGUGAGCACAAACUUAUGUCCAUUUGCUUACUCAGCACAUUUAGCGAGACCCCUCUUGUCCACACAUGCCUUGUAUCAGAGUGUUUAUGCUGAUGUCUGGAAUUACCUAUUGUAUCUUUGUAUCUCAUUUGACAUAUUUUCCACAGCUAGUCUAAUGAUCAGGAUGUCCUAAUGACAAACACUUUAUGAAACCUGUAUGUAUAAAUCCUAUCAUUAUUUAACACCACUUGACUGCUUUACAUGUUAAGUUACAUGUUCUACACAAACAGUAGGAAAACACAGUAUGUAUGUUGCUUCCACAUUUUCUCCAGAUUAUCAGUGAGGCCUAUGGGAGACCAGCAGAGUGCUUACUUGUAUAAGGAUGGCAUAUGUAUGACUAUACUGAUUAAUGAGUCUCUCUCAUUGGCUUCCUACCUGCAUAUAGACUGUGUUCUUUUAUGGAGACAUUCUUUUAGAGUUUUUGAAAUAAGUUCUCUUGGGUUGAGCUAUCUUGAGAGAAGAGACUUAGCCUGCAGUCCUUUUUGAAAUAAAACAAAAACAAAAACAGGUGCUUCAUUUUUAAUUACCGAAUUUUUUAUGAUAAUUGUUGUUUUCCUCAGUUUUUUUUUUAAUAACACACUUUUACUUGCUGCUGUUUUUUUAAAAUAAAAAAUAUGAGUUCUCCUCCACAAAUUAAUGACAUUGUAUUUUAAAAUACAACUCUAAUUUUAACUAGACAUACGAGUUUUCAGUAUGGUAUCUUCAAUUUUGCAUAUAGACCAGAUAAAGUGCAUUCAGACAGCUUCUGUAUGAACCUAUUGUUUUUACCUGUCCACACCCCGUUCCAGUCCUUGCAUUACUUUAAUGGUGAAGGUCGGGACACUUUACAUUUCGUGUUUCAUAUUUUAGUGCUGGCAAUACCAAUACUUCUCUUAUAGCAAAAUCUUUAAGCAUUAUCAGGUGUCAUUUUAAUAUAAUUCAUGCGGUUUCUGUAUGCCAUAGUGGAAUUUCAUCGCUUCAAUUCAACCAACUUAACAAUAAACAGAACCUUUUUAUUUUUAAA